AUGUAUUUUCUAGUGGUAUCUUCUCUUAAUAUAUUAUUAUUUUUAAAGAUCAUAUGUUUUCCUCUAUUCUUAUUUUAUGAAAAAUGUAUAAAGAAAAAUCAAAUGUCCUUGAAAGAAAUUACUAGCAAAUCCUCUCGAAUUUUUUCUGAUGAUGGAUUUCGAUUUGGUCCAUUUUUCUUAAAAGAAUUUUUCUUUUUAUGCCUCUAUACCUUUGGCAAUUAUUCCUAUGCCUUAUCCCUAGGCAAAAUUUCAUCAUCCGCAGCUUUAACAAUUAGAAGUUUUGAAGUUUCUAUUGUCUAUAUUUUUGGGAGAAUUGUGUUGAAAGACAAAUUUAAUAUUUUUAAGGUACGUUAG